ACUAUAUAUUUCUUCGCUUUCUAGGGUUUUCAACCCCAUUAGCUCAGCUGCUACACUCGUCGGAGGCUUUUCCUUUCUCCCCAACCGGCAAAAGCAGCCAUGAUUAUUUCAGAGAAGAACAGGAGAGAGAUCUGCAAGUACCUCUUCCAAGAGGGAGUGUGCUAUGCGAAGAAAGAUUACAACUUGGCGAAGCAUCCCUUGAUCGAUGUGCCGAAUCUUCAGGUGAUUAAGCUUAUGCAGAGCUUCAAGUCGAAGGAGUACGUGAGGGAGACUUUUGCUUGGAUGCACUAUUACUGGUACCUUACCAACGAUGGGAUUGAGUUCCUGAGGACUUACCUCAAUCUCCCCUCUGAAAUUGUGCCUGCUACUCUCAAGAAAUCUGCCAAGCCACUCGGCAGGCCCAUGGGUGGCCCUCCUGGCGAUCGCCCACGUGGACCUCCGAGAUUUGGCGAUGGAGAGAGAAGGUUUGGUGACAGGGAUGGAUAUCGUGGUGGCCCUAGAGGUCCUCCUGGUGAGUUUGGAGGAGAGAAGGGUGGAGCUCCAGCUGAUUACCAGCCUGCUUUCAGGGGGUCUGGUGGAAGGCCUGGAUUUGGACGUGGUGCCGGAGGAUUUGGAGGUGGUGCUCCCCCAAGCUCUAGCUUCUCCUAGAUAAUAUGCUCAUUUCAUUAGGUCCAUAGCCAUUACAGCUUAGAACAUUAUCAGGCAAUGUGAGCUAUUGUUUGAGCGUUUAUUCCUGUGUUCAAGUACACUAUUUGAAUGUGAUGUUUUCACAAUUUUGUAUGCUUGUCAAAACUACACAUUUUGGAUAUCAUCCUCUACUUUAUUCUGUUUUGCUACCAUGUUUACAAGGAUUUGAACUUGGUUUUCUUCCCUUAA